CAGGAGCCCAAAUGGACCAACGGCAGCCGAGUGUGAACUGCACCGAGUCCCACGUGCUGCGGAGAGCCUAGCGGGACGAAACAGCAAAUCAGAAAGAGGACCCUGACGAGACCCCUCUGUAGGUAUAUAUUAACCAAGACCCAAGGCUAGACAAUCCCCCCCUCGUAAACACACGCAGCCAUCCAGCAUCCCCCUCCUGCCUGUCUGUUUUUCUGCACUGCGCUGGAGAGCCCCCAUCUCAUCGCCACAGUGGAUCGCUUGUUUGACAUGCACCCUCAGCGCCCCCUGCCCCAGGCCAUGCCCUCCUCUCUGGGGCAGCACCUGAGAGACGCGGCCAUGGGCCUGGGGCGCGGGAAGAACCUGCUGGGCGGGAACAUCGCCUACGGCUUCAUCCAGUCACUCAAGGAGUGCCUCUACUUCCUGCUCUGCUGCUGGUGCAUCAAGGAGAUCCUGGACUGAGCGAGGAGAAGAGAAGAGAUAGGGGAGGACGGACAGGUGCACGCACGGGCCAGGGAAUUGGCUUCACGGCUUUUUGAUUUUUUUAUCUUUCUCCUUUUUGCCAUUCCGUCUUAUUUAUGGGUACUCGGAGAGGUAAGGGUGGUGCUUCUAGACUCUAGAAGACCAAUAGUGGCCUUGGCUGUGUGGUCCACUGAACAAUAAGGAAAUGCCUUCCUGUGCUGAGAUGAUCUAGUAACCUUACCCUACUAGAAAGGACCUUUUUAGUGUCUCAACUGAGCCGUGGUAAGAGAGAUGCUAUGACUUUAAAAACAGAAAUAUAUCACAGGAGGAACUGUAUUUUGGCUGGGGCCUUCGUUAUGGAUAUGUAGUCUUGAGACAUGACUAAAGGACAUUUCUUAUGACAUACUUUCAAGUGGCUUUGAAUGAUGCUUAAUAUACCGCACAGAGAUUAUCAGAGGCAGGAGAUGCAUCCAACUGCAGGCUGGGUCUCCUCAGAUGCACACAUCCUCUAUAACAGUCGACUAGUGUCCAAGUCCAUGCCUGUAAUAAAUACAAGACUGUAAAAAAAGCAUUUCAUGAGUUGAGUUCUGUUUGCCUAUGCAAACAGCAGUGUGUUUAGUGAGGUCACCAGAUCCAGUGUUUGAAAUGGGACAUUAUGAACACCAUAGUUAAACUUGGACUACAUUUUUGCAUUGACCUAAACACUGGAAUGGACAGGGAUAUUAUCCUUACAGUGAAAACUGAACUUAUAUGAGGGCCUGAAGGCCUGAAGUGCUGUGCUGGCUGCUCUUCAUAAAUCACAACUGGACUUGGCACCUCUUGGAUGGCAGCUGUCACUCAAACCGAUUCCAGUAAGCCUACUGAUGUAACCAAGUUAAGGAAACAGCCUGGCAACAAACUAGACUGUGCCAAAAAUAAAACAAAUGUAUCCAAAAAUAAAUAAAAACAACUGUUUUUGAAAAUUA